AUGGAUAACUUCGAGUACAGCAUCCAGCUGAGUGACAAGGACUGGGCUGAGUUCUUCUUGGCGUCAGAGGAAUGCAACCUAGCGCCGGUCGCCCUGGCCACGGCCGAGGAGCAGUGUCUCAGUGACAUUGAACAAGGGGACGGCGUGCUGGGGAGGGACUGCCGCGCCAGCACAAACGGGCAGAUUGCGGCGAGGGUGGGCAGCAGGCCAGGGCCUGGCACGGGAAGCUCUGCCCCACGUGGGGUGCCUGGAGACGCCUCCCUGUGCUGGCCCGCCGGUGGGCACCUUGCCCUGCCGGAGCUUCUCUCGGGCAGCGAGGACGAAGCGGACCUGGGCUCGGUCGGCAGGUUUCUGUGCGAGAGCGACAAGCCCGGCUGCCCUUCCUACGCUCCAAUGCCCAGCGCACAGGGGAGGCAGCCCCCUUGUCCCCCUGCAGCCACCCUUGCCGGCCCAGCUGGCAGCACAGCCGAGAGCAGCCCAGGGCAGGACACAGCAUGUGAAGCAGCAGCACCGCAGAGGGCAUCGGCAUCGGAGAAAGGAGCAGCCAGCGGCAGUCAGGCCAUGGAGCCUCCCAGCCACCCAGCUGGAACAAGCGUCCCUGAACAGCGAGGGUAUGCAGGAGGGGAACAGCCCCAUGGCAGUCCGGUGGCAGCACAGCUGGGGGCUCCGGUGCAGGGCAGCUUGGCAGCACCGGCUGCCUCCCUGGAGGGUUCAUCAAGGAAGAGUCCUAGAAGCGCUUCCCGCUCGAGGGGCGGGGAGGGCGCGGGUGCCGAGCCGAGCUCCCCGGCUGGCUCCCCGGACGUCGUGAGGCCCAAGGUGCCAGGACAGCUGAGAAAGAGUCGCAAGCAACGUGGAGCCAGUGCUUCCGAGGCAGCCCAGGGGGACAGGGAGCCUGUGGGUGCUGUGGCACAGGGGACUGGGAUACCCUCAAAGGCACCUUUAAGCUCGCCACUGUCCUCACGAAGGAGCAAAGGGAAGGAGAAGGCAGCCAAGCCAGCUCCUGUGAAGGUGGGGAGCGAGGAGGCAGGGGAGAGCAAACGGCCGGUGCCCAGCCCUGGCAUAGACGAGGGCGAUCCAGCCGUGAGCACUCUGCCAAAGCAGAAGGUGAAGGAGCCAGGGGCACAGCCCCUGGGGAAGGUGAAGGCCACCAAGCAUUCAAAGCCAGGGCAGGCUGGUGGCUUGGGCGUACGUGACAAUGUGCCAGUGAUCCCUGCCGGUGGAGCCGUGGCUCCUUCGGGAGAGGCAUGCCAAGAGGCACUGGGGAAGCCUCUCCAUCCCAAGACCGUGGCAGCUUUUAUAGGGGAUGAUGCUGGGGGAGCUCGUGGGGAGCCUGCAGCUGAGACCCCUGGGGAGCUGGGCCCCCCUUGCUUUGCAGCUGGGGCCUCUGCGAGGGCAGACACCCUGGACGUGACUUGGCCUGAGAUGUACGACUAUUUGUUCUGUGACUCCCAAGGGGAAGAAGAAGGAAUGGGCAACUCAAUGGAGGGGGAGAAAACACCCUUGGAAAGGGAAAUAUCCUUGCCUGAACUGUAUGAAUAUUUUUUCAAUGAACCAGAAGGAAACAGGAGAAAAGUCAAAGGUAAAGACAGGAAGCGAAAGAAGUUCAGCAGCUUGGACCAUGCUCAGCUGCACAACGAGGAUCCCGACUCGGAUCCAGUCAAAGACUCCCUGGUUAUCUCGGUCCCUGAGGUGUAUGAACACUUCUUUCAGGACAGGCCUGGGAACAGGGCAGGCUGGAGAGGGUUUUUCUCAAUCACUCCGGCCUCUGAGGUGAAGAAAGCUAUGGGGGCUUUGAAGUCCCUCCUGCAAAGGCCAAUGAGCCUCAUCAGAGGCCAAGCCCCAGCCUCCCAGGCUCUUGUGUGGAGCGGACCUGGAGAGAAGCUCCCGCUCGUCCCGCUGGCUCCGCUGGGAAGAGGCCAAGUGCAGCCAGAAGGUUUGGACAUGGCCCUUGCAUUGACAGGGAGGCCCGAGGCUCCGCUGGCGCUGACCCACAAAGACAUGUGCCUCGUCUUCUGUGCCUUCGCCUCCUGGGCAGUGAAGACCUCCGACCUGCAGGCUCCGGAUGCCUGGAAGACCAUGUUCCUGGCAAGUUUUGGCACGCUUUCUGCCAUCCGCUACUUCCGAAGGCAGGUCAGAGAAGGACACCCCCGGACCUAG